CAUGAUGUUUGCAGAUGACAUUGUGAUCUGCAGUGAAAGCAGGGAGCAGGUGGAGGAACAGUUAGAAAGAUGGAGGCAUGCACUGGAAAGCAGAGGAAUGAAGAUUAGCCGAAGUAAGACAGAAUAUACGUGCAUGAAUGAGAGGGGUGGUGGGGGAAGAGUGAGGCUACAGGGAGAAGAGAUAGCAAGGGUGGAGGACUUUAGAUACUUGGCGUCAACCGUCCAGACCAAUGGUGAGUGUGGUCAGGAAGUGAAGAAACGGGUCCAAGCAGGUUGGAACGGGUGGAGGAAGGUGUCAGGUGUGUUAUGUGACAGAAGAGUCUCUGCUAGGAUGAAGGGCAAAGUUUAGAAGACAGUGGUGAGGCCAGCCAUGAUGGACGGAUUAGAGACAGCGGCACUGAAGAGACAACAGGAAGCAGAGCUGGAGGAGGCGGAAAUGAAGAUGUUGAGGUUCGCUCUCGGAGUGACCAGGUUGGAUAAAAUUAGAAACGAGCUCAUCAGAGGGACAGCCAAGGUUCGAUGUUUUGGAGACAAAGUUAGAGAGAGCAGACUUGGAUGGUUUGGACACGUCCAGAGGACAAAUAGUGAGUAUAUUGGUAGAAGGAUGAUAAGGAUGGAGCUGCCAGGCAAGAGAGCGAGAGGAAGACCAAAGAGAAGGUAGCUGGAUGUCGUGAGGGAAGACAUGAGGGCAGUUGGUGUUCGAGAGGAGGAUGCAGGAGAUAGGCUUACGUGGAAAAGGAGGACGCGCUGUGGCGACCCCUAAAGGGACGAGCCCGAAGGAAAAGAAGAAGGAAUAGUUUACGGGAUGACUUGGAUGAGAUGAACAUGUUGAAGAAAUCACUGAAGCUCUUCAUCCUGAGCAGCAGGAGUGGAACUCCAGGAUGGAACAUCAGGACCCAGAGCGUCCCCACAUUAAAGAGGAAGAGGAGCCAGAGCCCCUUCAAAUUAAAGAGGAAGCACAGGAGGAGGAUGUCACCAGCUUUCCAUUCACUGUCAUUGUAAAGAGUGAAGAAGGUGAUGGAGACCACUGCGGAGGAUCCCUAUCAGAUGGCCUCUUGGCGCCACUCACAGACAGUGACGACGUAACGUCUUUAGACACUGAUGAUGAUCAUCAUAAUGAUGAUGAUGAUGACGAUGGUGAACAUUCGAAAGAUAUGGCAUGUGACACCGACAGCAAACGCGUGAAUUGCUCUCAGUGUGACAAAACGUUUUGCAACAAGUCAACUUUGAAAGCCCACACAAGAACACACACUGGAGAAAAACCUUUUGCCUGCUCAGUUUGUGAUAAAAGAUUCUCUAAAAAGACAAAUUUAACAUCACAUACAAGGACCCACACAGGAGAAAAACCCUUUACCUGCUUAGUUUGUAGUCUAAGGUUCUCCAGGAAGGGAGAUUUGAGAAUUCACAAAAGAACACACACUGGGGAGAAACCUUUUGCCUGCUCAGUUUGUGGUCAAAGAUUCUCUAGAAAGGGAGAUUUAAGAAUACACAAAAGAACCCACACUGGGGAAAAACCAUUUGCUUGCUCAGUCUGUGGGAAAACAUUCUCGAUAAAGAGAAAUUUAAAAAGGCACACACGAACGCAUGGCCGAGAGAAACCUUUUGCCUGCUCAGUUUGUGGUAUACGAUUUUCUAGACGGGGAGAUUUAAGAACACACCAAAGAACACACACUGGGGAGACAAAUUUUGCCUGCUCAGUCUGCAGGAAAACAUUUUCUUCCAAAACAAAUUUAACAAGGCAUACUAGAAGACAUGCUGGAGAAAAACAUGUUGCCUGCUCAGUUUGCAGCUUGAGUUUCAUUGAUAAUUUAGAAUUGGAUAAACACAUGAAAACACACACUGGGGAGUAGCCCUACUCCUAUUCUGUUUGUAGGAAGACAUUUUCUACAAAAACAAGUUCAACAACCCACACAAGAACACAGACUUUUGACAAAACCUUCAGUUGCAUGCCUGUGAAUGUAACUCUUCAAAUCCAGACUCAACUCUUUGAGGACAAUAUGUCCACGUUAUGGAUUCACCUCUCUACGGCCGUCAUUUCGCAUCCCGAAAUAUUGAUACCAUUCGUCGUUGAUGCGUGCCUCUAACUUACAUGGUUGGGUUUAGCUUUCACACCAUCAUUAUUCAGGCAGGGACCGCCCUCGCUAGCGUGUGUGCAGGAAUCGAUCCAUCCGGUUGCAAUCGAUUCACUGCCCGAGAAACAUUCAGCUUCGGUGUGUGAUAAAAGAUUUGAUGUCAAGUGUGAUGUUAAGAAACGCAAUUGUGCUGGUGAGAAGAAGAGUGAUCAAUGAAGCUGCAGAAUGAACUGAAGAAACUGAGGCUGUGUUGGGAAUCACUGACUCUGUCCCUAUUACCUGAUCACUAUUUAGGGGUUUGUAUAUUGUGGAAUAAAUAGUUGACUCAUCA